UUCUCUUUUUCCCCCCACAUAUUAUUAUCUUUUUUCCUCCUCUGUAAUUGCCAACAAGGUUCUGUGCAGUGUUUGUAGAGAGAGAGAGAGAGAGAGAGAGAGAGAGAGAGGUAGAUAGCUAGAUAGACCACAGAACUAGAAAAAAAAUAUUAUAGGAAGAGAGGGAGAAACUAAUAGAGAGUCCUAUGCUGGGGGACUCAGCAGUGUUGGGAACAGGAGGAGGAGGCUCUGGUGAUGCAGUGGCAGCACCACCACCUGCUGCAUCAGGAGGAGCACAUGAUGGUGGUGUUGACGGCGGUGACGGUGGCGGUGGCGGAUCAAAUUCAGGGGAUGAUAGAGUUGAGGAAGGUGAGAGGAGCUUUGGUGGGAACAGGUGGCCGAAGCAAGAGACUUUGGCUUUGUUGAAGAUACGGUCGGAUAUGGACGUGACUUUUAGAGAUGCAAGUGUAAAGGGUCCCUUGUGGGAAGAGGUUUCUAGGAAGCUGGCAGAGCUUGGCUACAACAGAAAUGCCAAGAAAUGCAAAGAGAAGUUUGAGAACGUUUACAAGUACCACAAGAGAACCAAAGAAGGACGAAGUGGGAAAUCAGAAGGCAAAACUUAUCGCUUCUUUGAUCAAUUACAAGCCCUUGAAAACAACCCUGCAAUUCAUGGAAAGCAAUCUCCAACACCUCCAAAGCCGCCACCACAAACAACAGCACUAUCAGCAACACCAGUGUCAAUAGUGGUAACAACAACUACAACUACACCAUCAUCAAUAAUAAUGCCACUUCCAUUGCCACCAGUGUCUAAUAACAACAACAACACCACUGUUCCAUCCACAACAUCACUUCCUAUGCCUCAAAGCAUUCUCAACAUAACACCACCAUCAACACUGAACAUCACAAUCCCUUCUUUUCCACCAUCAAACCCUACAACAUACUUCCCAACACAAACACCAAACCCUACUAGCAACAACAACAACAACCCUCCAAGCACCAUCACCCCACCUUCCUUCCCCAAUUUCCCCGCCGAUCUCUUGUCGAAUUCGAGUUCUUCAUCGACUUCUUCGGAGGAAACACCGACGACGGAGGCCAGAGGGCGCAAGAGGAAGAGGAAGUGGAAGGACUUCUUUGAGAGGCUCAUGAAGGAGGUGAUAGAGAAGCAGGAGGAGCUGCAAAGGAGGUUCUUGGAGGCCAUAGAGAAGAGAGAACAAGAGCGUGUGGUGAGAGAGGAAGCGUGGAGAAUGCAAGAGAUGCAAAGGAUCAACAGGGAAAGGGAGAUUCUAGCACAAGAGAGGUCCAUUGCCGCAGCAAAAGAUGCUGCUGUUAUGACAUUUUUGCAAAAGAUAGCCGAACAUCAGCAACAAGAAACUAUCAAUCUUGAACCAGCAUUGAAUAACAACAGCAUCACUGUUGUUCCACAGCAACCAGUGCCACAAGCAACACCAACAUCAACUCCAACACCACAACAAGCACAAACAACAACAGUUCCUGAGGCCCCACAAGUGCAGCCAUUGGUCCCACAACUACAACAACAACAACAAAUAGUGGUGAGUAAUGUGGAAAUCAACAAAGCUGAUAAUAACGGUGAGAAUUUGAUGAUGGAAGCAAGCUCUUCAAGGUGGCCAAAAGUGGAGGUACAAGCACUGAUAAACCUGAGGACAAGCUUGGAAACAAAGUACCAAGAAAGUGGACCAAAAGGGCCACUGUGGGAGGAGAUCUCAGCGUUGAUGAGGAAAAUGGGGUACAACCGGAACGCCAAAAGGUGCAAAGAGAAGUGGGAGAACAUCAACAAGUACUUCAAGAAGGUCAAGGAAAGCAACAAGAAGAGGCCUGAAGAUUCAAAGACAUGUCCCUAUUUUCACCAGUUGGAGGCUCUAUACAGGGAGAAGAACAAGGGAGAGGGGCAGAUGAAGCCGGAGAGCAUGAUGGCGCCGCUCAUGGUGCAGCCGGAGCAACAAUGGCCUCCUCAAACAACGCUUGUGGUACCGCCAGAAGUAACCAUGGGAGACACCCAGAAUGACCCCAUGGACCGGCAGUACCAUGAGGAGAAUGAGGAUGACGAGGACGACAAGGAAAUUGGAGAUGAAGACGAGGAUGAGGACGACGAAGGAGGUGAUAAUUAUGAGAUAGUUGCGAGCAAACCAGCCACAGCUGAUGCUUCCGGAGAGUGAGAGGAAAAAAUAUUGACCAAAAAGGGCAUCAAUUAAAGAAUGAUGGAUCAAUUUGAAUUCACAUAUUGUCGGAAAAAUGGUGGUGUUGGGAUGAAAUUUGGUAUUGAUGGUGGAUGGUGAUGUGAUUGUAUUGAAGAUUUUGAAAAUGCACGUACUUCAGAAUGACACAUGGGUAUAGGGGUAGCCAGUAGGGUGGGGGAAUCUGGGUUGGAAGUACUUGGUACAAUAGCAGCAUAUAGUCAGUAAGAUUAUAUGUUUUUUUUUGUUUUGAAAGAAGAAAUAAUUAAUUAUUUUUUGAGCUCAAUAAAUAAGUUGAUGAGGGAGAGGGGAAGGGUUAUAAGAUAGAGAAAAAACUUCAGACUUGCAUGAGAGGUGAGGUUCAACAUAAAAUGAAUAAGCAAGAAACCUUGAUUAAUGUUAUGGUACUAGCUAUAUAGGUUUUUUGUACUAAAUUUUCAUGUUCAUGUUGAUGUAAAUGCGAGAAACGAUUAAUUGUGGGGGGGUUUGUCUUUAUUUUGUUUCUUUAAUUUCCUUUUCAAUUUUGUUACUCUUCAAAUGUUGUCAAUCAUUUUUGUUUCUUUUCCUCCUUCAUUGUAUAUUAUCUUGUCUUGAUGA